CGCGUUUGCACAGGGGCCGGAGGGACCGGCGGCUCCCCCGGCCUACAGGCAGCGGGGACGAGGCGGCCGUCGCGCGAGGGCGGGUAUUUCCACGGGCGGUGCCCCCCCGGGGGGGCAGGAGCCCGCGUGCGGGCGGGGCGAGGGGUCCCCAGUGGGCGCGGGUGGCGCUGGCCGCGGCUCGGGGCGCUGUGUCCUUGUGCGGAAAUGACACACGGUCCCGUCACGUCACGCGAGAGCGCAGCGCGCGGACCCUCGCACACAAAGAGCGGGGGGAACCCGGGCACCAGCGCCGCCGCCGCUCCGGGCCCCGCCGCGACCCCAGGUUGUUUUCUGUUCAAUUUACACUGCUGGGCAGAUCUGCAGGUGUCCAGGAAACACAUAAGAAAAGUGGCUGCCUGUUAUAAUUGGGCUAGAAGAUGAACUCAGCUGAAUUCAAUGAUGAUGAUGAAGUUAAAAUUAUAAAAAAUAAUCUUGUGAAAGUAGAAACAGAAAAUGAAGAUGAAGCACUAGACUGCUCCGUGACAUCCAGAUCUCCUGAGAAACACUCACUGGAUGGCUCAGUUACUUGCCUACAGGAUUCUAACAAACGGAAACAGACCUCACUUGGUUGUGAUGGUUCAGGGAGCCAGCAAGAGGUUUUACCCAGUGUGAAGAAAAGACGCUUUACUCAAGAGGGCCUCGUUUCAAACAUGAAGAACCGAGAUAUUGGGUCACCCACUCAGGUAAACGUAGAGCAGCCUAACAAGAACAAGAAUCCCAAUAUAACAUGGCUGUGUGAAGAAGAACCCUUCAAUGACGUGACCACUCCAUCCUAUAAGAAACCUCUGUAUGGCAUCUCACACAAAAUUACAGAGAAGAAGAGCACACCAGGGGCAGAGCAGUUUUCUUCUUAUGAGCUGUUUGAAAAGGUCAACCCAAGCAGCCCCUCCCAUCUGCGGAAUUUGAGUGAUCAACGCAAAAGGGAUUCUGCUGCUACCAUCGCUGUUACAGCUUCCACCGCAGAUUCUGAUCCAAACAUAUAUUCUUUGAUACAGAAAAUGUUUUACACCCUCAACACCCUGAAUUCCAAUAUGUCUCAGCUUCACAGCAAGGUUGACCUGUUGUCUCUUGAGGUCAGCAGAAUUAAAAAGCAUGUCAGCCCAACAGAGUCUGUAGCAGAGUUCAGGCCUCCCCCAGAGUACCAGCUAACCGCUGCAGAACUCAAACAGAUCAUGGAUCAGAGCACAUCAGGUGGAGAUUUGGCUUGCCGGUUACUAGUUCAGCUUUUCCCAGAGCUCUUCAGCGAUGAUGAGUUCAACAGGAGCUGCAGCACAUGUGGCUUCCUUAACAAAAAGAAGCUUGAAUCGCUUCAUCUGCAGCUUAUCCGAAACUAUGUGGAAGUUUGUUAUCCUUCUGUGAAGAAUAAUGCUGUGUGGCAGGUGGAGUGUUUGCCCCAAGUUAAUGACUUUUUCAGUAGGUUUUGGGCACAAAGAGAAAUGGAAAAUAGUCAGCAAAGUGUGCAGUCAUCCAGUUUUUAUGAGUCUGAACAGGUAGAGUCCUCUCAUUUCAUUGAGGAUAAAGAGCAGGAGGAAGCUUUGUCCCUGGACAGGGAUAAUGCCACCACCUCAGAUUAUGUUCUAGAUGCUCAGGAUCUCAAUGAAUUUUUAGAUGAAGCUUCAUCCCCUGGGGAAUUUUCUGUGUUUUUGUUACACAGAUUGUUUCCUGAGCUCUUUGACCACAGGAACCUGGCUGAAAGAUAUAACUGCUAUGGAGAUUCUGGGAAGCAAGAGCUGGAUCCUCAUCGACUUCAGAUAAUUCGAAGAUACACAGAAAUUUACUUUCCUGAUGUGCAGGAAGAGGAGGCGUGGUUGCAGCAGUGUGCACAGCGAAUAAAUGAUGAACUUGAAAGUAUGUAUAUGGAUGGGAGUGAGUGUGAACAGAUGAGAGACGACUGCUAUGAUUCUUCUAGUUUGCCUGAUGAUGUAUCUAUCAUAAAAGUGGAAGACAGCUUUGAAUAUGAAAGGCCAGGAAGAAGGUCAAAAAAGAUUUGGCUUGUGCCCAUAGACUUUGAUAAACUUGACAUUCCCCCUCCCGAUUUUGAUGUUCCUAUCCCGGAUUACCUGUUGAACAAGGAACAAAUUAAAAAUAUAUAUGAAAGCAGUCUGUCCAUAGGAAACUUUGCAUCUCGAUUGCUUGUUCACUUAUUCCCUGAACUGUUUACUCAUGAAAAUCUAAGGAAGCAAUACAACUGUAGCGGAUCACUAGGCAAGAAACAACUUGAUCCAACCAGGAUUAAAUUAAUUCGACACUAUGUGCAAAUAUUGUACCCAAGAGCAAAGAACGAUAGAGUAUGGACAUUGGAAUUUGUUGGGAAGCUUGAUGAGAGAUGUCGACGCAGGGAUACCGAACAGAGGCGCACAUACCAACAGCAGCGGAAAGUUCAUGUUCCAGGGCCUGAGAGGAGAGAAUUUCUUACCUAUGCAAUAAACCCAGAAAGAUUCAGAGAAGAGUUUGAAGGGCCACCACUGCCGCCAGAAAGAAGCAGCAAAGAUUUUUGCAAGAUACCACUUGACGAACUUGUCGUUCCUUCUCCAGACUUCCCUGUGCCUUCUCUGUACAUGCUAUCUGAUAAAGAGGUAAGAGAGAUAGUACAGCAGAGCCUUUCUGUGGGAAACUUUGCUGCCAGGCUUCUAGUAAGACUCUUUCCAGAGCUCUUUACUCCAGAGAAUCUCAGACUGCAAUAUAACCAUUCAGGUGCUUGUAACAAGAAGCAACUUGAUCCCACCAGACUCAGAUUGAUCCGUCAUUAUGUUGAAGCAGUUUACCCCGUGGAGAAAAUGGAAGAAGUGUGGCAUUAUGAAUGUAUACCGAGCAUUGAUGAAAGAUGCCGGCGUCCCAACAGGAAAAAGUGUGAUAUACUGAAAAAAGCCAAGAAAGCAAAAAAGUGACAGGCUCUCUAAAUUCUUCAGACUUUGACCACUAAAUUAUUUGGGAAGAGCAUAUUUUGUUCUAGACUGGGAGCCUGAUCUUACUAUGGAAUCUAAGGGCGAUCAGCCCCUAGGAAUAUUGGGCGCUAAGAUUGUUACUUUUUAAUAUGUGUGUUGCACAUAUAAGGGCACUGCAACAGUGGGAAGUGGUUUACUGCAUUUGUACAUGAUAAAGACCAUAAGUGAUCAGUGAUGAAGUCACUAAUGACUCAUUAAGAGUAUGACUUUCGCUGGUGCAAAUACAUGUAUUAAGUGUAUUCGUCCUCUCCCCACUUUUGCGUCUUCCAUUUUUAUCACUUUUUUAAUAAUAAAAAAAACCUUUUUAAAAAUCAUUGUGCUCUUCGGGGCAGUUUUGCAUUAAACCCUUUUAAACAUCAAGGUUAAAUAAUUUGGAAUCUGAAUUAUUUUUUAACUUGCAAAUUUUGUUUUUGAAAGUGCCAUGUUCAUUGAGAAUGAUUGAAACAUCAGACUUGGUUACUACAGUAAUUACAGUUAUCCCUUUGUUUUGUUCUUGAUAAUGAAAAUAACACAAGGUCAAUACUGGGUCAAAUGUAAUUUCCUUUUUGACUGUUACCAAUGUAUUAUUUCCAUUGCUAUAAGAACUAAGACUUGAUUAGACACAAUGUGUUUUUAUGUUGAGACCGUAGACCUGAUCCUUCACUCUUACUCAUGUAAGUUAUUUCAUUGUCUUCAAUAUGACUACUGGGAACUGCUUCAGUGAAUAGGGUUACAAAACAGAAUCAAGCCCUUUACCAGCUGAAUGUGUUGAUAUUGCCUGUUAGAAAAAGUACUUGAAACAAGGAAUGUAGAAAAAACAUUUAAGUCCUUAUUCUUCAUCAGAAUUAUGAUUCCAAAGUUUCCAGUAUUAAAUCAAAUAUUUAAUAAGCAAAAGGUAAAUACAAAGAUUUGAUUCUGUGGUAGAAUUGAAUGCUGCAGGGUCUCCACCUAUGAGCUGUGGUGAUAUGGUGUGUUUGUGUGAAUACAGCACAACCUGGAGUCUCCGAAUGUCAUAGGGAUAUUGAAAUUUCCUUUGAUUAUCCAAAUUGAUUUAGUGUAAUUAAUAGCUAUCUGGAAAUGUAUUCUUGUAUGAUUAACUUAGGUUCAGAUGAUCAAGAUUGCAUUGUUAAUAUGAUCAGUUAUAAUGAAGAACAUCCUAACUCCAUUCUGACUUCACAGUUUCUGAUCUGUCCUUGGAGAGUGCUGCAUUAAAAUCAGAACCUGAUUUUCCUCUCAAUUACAUUGCUCUAAAGCAGGAUGUCCGUUGAUGUCAACGGUGUGAGAGAAUCGAGCCUUCCGUUAGAUGUUAGUCAUGGCAGUGAUUAUUUAACACUGACCAUCCCUUGAACAUCUUGAGAUUUGUUGAGGUUCUCUGUGGUCCUCUUUUGUUAUUUAUUUAGAUGGAUCAUAGUAUCACAUUUCAGUUAAGCCCCAGUGUAAAUUUCUAUUUUAGCAAUUGUAUUAAACUACAAAAUACUUGAUAUUUUUACUUCAUUUUUUUAGAAUUUACUGUUCUCAGAAUCAUGUUGACCCCUUUUUAAAAAAAAAAUAAUAUUUUUUUCUAAUGGCAAGAAUUAGCAGUUAUUUUACAGUGUUAAAGCAGUAGUAAGUCACAGUAGAUAGUAGAACUCACACAUUUUCCCCUAUGUGCUAGCAACAUCCUAAAAGAAUGUAUGAUGAAAGUCAUGAUUGUACUGAAUAAUCUAAUACUGUUUAAAUUCACUUAAAUGUUUCCUGUUGGCAUAAGUAAUAGCAGACCAUACACAAAAUGGAUAUCAGCGCAAAUAUGGUUAUAAAUAAAGUGAGAACAUUUUACCAAAGAUAAUGAACUUAUACCACAAUGUCUGCAUCCUACCUUUAAUUUUAGUACAUAUUUUUAGCAAACUGAAUAUAUCAGAAAUGCAAGGUUUUUUAUAAUUAUAGGCUACCUAGCACCUCUUUGUGAACUAUUAUACAUGCGCUUUCAUGGGCUAUAUAAAAUGUCAUGAAAAUGGUAAAAGUCUUUUAAUUUAGAGUUGAAAAUGGCUAGCAUGUAUUCUGCAGCCCAAAAGGUAAGGAAUGUUAUAUGCAGAUUUUCCUUAUGGUUUAUUUAUCUUAAUGUAUUACAUUUGUUUCAACAAUAAAGUAUGUCAGAUCCUGUUGAGGACUUCAACAUAUCUUAAACUUGUACAUGGUUGGUAAAGAGAUUAUAUGAAUGUAUGGAAUUUUCUACCACAGCAUACAAUUUUAAGAUAUAUUGACAUUUUCAAUGAGUUUUGAUAUUCAUUUGGUACAUUUGGCUUCAUAAGGCAACCAAAUGAAUCUAUUUAUAUGACACAAUGAUCAAUAUAUGAGGGGUUUUAUUUUUAAAAAAUUACAUUAUCAAAAGUGGACAUGUAAUAGCUCAACAGAAAUGGUCUUUUUUCUCAACUUCUGGUCAAAUUAUUGUAGUCUGCUUAUAUAUUAUAUAUUCUUCUGAUUUGAUUGUCUUGUUGGAUUGCCCACAAUCCUUUUAUGACCUAGCAUUCUUUUGAAAGGCAGUUUGAUAUAAAGGCAAUAUACACAUGAAAAGUGACAGCUUGCAAAGGAAACUUGUUGAGGUGCAUUUGGAAGUGAAUUCAUCCAAUUGGUCAAGUAAUGAAAUGUAUAUGUUGUUACAAAAGAAAUGCUGGCUCGUGAUUGGCUAUGAACAGACUCAUAAACUGUAAGUUUCUAUUAUUGAACUUUUCUAAUGUCUGUUACUAAGAUCUGGAGUAACAUUAACCAGUCAGACUGAAUACACAAGUGAGGGCAUCUUGAUUAGCUGCAACUGCUCUAAUGUCAUCUCCCUUUUAGAAUGUUAUUUUAAAAGGACAAACAGUUACUGAUUUCAAACUUAGGCUAUCUGGAGAGAUUCCCAGAUAUUAAAUGAAAACAUUCAGAACAUAUGUAAUCAUACACACACUGAUUUCAUAUUAACUAUACAUGGUUUUACUUCAGUAAAUCCUGUUGAGAUGAAUGUCAAAAGUCUAACUUUAAUAUAACACUUUUGGUAAGUAUUGAACAACUCUCUCCUACAGUGAUUCUAAAGGAAACAGCAUAGUAUUCAAUGACUCUAUAUUUUCUAGUGUGACUGUCAGAAUUUUCCCAACAGAAAAAAGGACUGCAAGCCUGCUAUGAAAUUAAUGUAGAACCUUUUUUUUUUUUUUUUUUUUUUGGUGUCUCACCAAUUUCACACAAAUGAAACACUUAACUAAGGAACUGUGCAAGGGUUUAAAAUAUAUAUAUUCUUUUCUGAAAUUUGAAGGGGAAAAUGAAACUACUGCUUAGAAGUUCUUGCAGUUAUCCAGGGAAUCUGGCAACUGUAUUAGCAGGGAAAUGCAAAUAGCAUAUUUUCAUGAGAGAAAAAUACUUCCUAUUUGAAAGGAUUACAUUUGAUUACUAUUAAGAGUAAGAUGUAGCCCUGAGCAUUUUGUCAUAAUUUUGUGUUAUUUUGAAUAAAAAAGUACUUUAUCAUCUUAGGAAAAAUGUUCAGAAGCAGUUCUAUUUUUCUAUCUUCA